AUGGAAUACCUCAGUGAAGAUGUAAUCAUGGAAAUUUUAUUACGUUUACCGGUGAAAUCCACAGUAAGAUUCAGGUACGUAUGCAUGUCUUGGUAUAAGUUACUAACUGGUAAUUUUGUGAAGGUGAAACUAAAUCAUGAUACUGAAAACGAAAAACAUAGUUUCAUCCUUAACACAAUUCAGUGUGGUGGUGGUAGCCAUGUCUACUCUACAGAUAAUAGCUCCUUAUCAUCAAAAUCAUUACAAAGUCCCUUGAAGAUUAAUAGUCCAUUUUGCGAUGAGAUUUAUGUUUUAGGUACUUAUAAUGGUUUAGUUUGCGCAAGUUUUGGUUUUGGUCUUUAUAUAUGGAAUCCAUGUACGAAACAGUACAAAGUAAUAUUAACAGUACAAUAUGAAUAUGACUUCAGUUGGGAUUUAGACCGAACGGGAUACGUUUUCUGUUAUGAUUCCAAAGUUCAGGAUUACAAGGUUAUAGUGUUCUUUGAUGAUUAUAACAGAAGUGAUUCUAACGUUCGGGUUUAUACUUUAGGUUUAAAUGAGUGGAAAACACUUCCACCCAUACCUUAUCAUAUUCUAAAGAUAAAGAAAAUAUAG